AGUCGCGAUCGCAAGCAGUUGCUUCGGUCGAAGUGCAGUAUCGCAAGUGCAGCCCCUCGUCCAGAUUAAUUGAGGGUAUAUUGGGAAGUCACACAAGCCCGUUCCCAAUCUAAUCUUUGCCUGCCCCUGGGGGUGGUUGAUGCUAUUAAUUGAGGCUUCGUCCGAUGUCGAGGUCGAGGUCGUGGGCUCGGUCUCGCGUGCGCCCUCAAUCUACUCAGCGCAUUACCGUUGGUUGCAUCUCUCGCACCAGCCUUCUUCUGCCUUCUGCCUCAAAACAGCACAGCAGAGAGACCCAGCACCGCGUACCGAGGGGUCUUCCGUUCCUCCACCAUCGACCCCAGCAGAAACAAGGUGCACGAUCACCAAAGCAGCAGCGUGCGAAGGGCAGAGCAAGCAAUUGCAGUACCACAUCUCUAUCCACAGGAACCACAACAGCUUCGGCGCAGCAUCGCAACACCAGCAGCAGAGGCACCCACUACCUUCAGCCCACUUCUCUACAAGACCGGUUCGGUACUCUCGGCCAUCCAGUCACAUCAAAACGGAGCGCAAGUGCAGUCAUCAAAUCGCAGACACAUCGAGCCAACCACCGCGAAGAAUUCCGAACAAUCCCUGUGCCCUUCAAAUCUUCGGCCGCAGACAGGUCCGCAACCGCACAUUCUGUCUCUCUGGUCGACCCAAGCCAAGUCCCACUCCACAGUUCUCCAGCAGCCCUCUCAGCCCUCAAGAAGUCAAGUCGCACUGCACCGCACCACCGCUGUCCACCGCCGAACUCCCCCCCCAAAAGUCCAAGCCCAGCCCAAGCUUUGCUCUGCCCCAGCCUCCGCUCAUCUUUCCUUGCAGUUAUUCGCCUGUGCUUCUCAAUCUAUUCUUCUUUCUGUCAUCCCGCACCCGCACCGCAGCCCUCACCUUGCCUGAUCAAUCAUUAAUUCCACUGUUUGUUAUUCAGGUUUCCAGGAACAUCUUCCUAUCUUAACCGGUCGCCAAACGCCUCCAGUCCAAUCCAGCCGACAUCCAAACAGUUGGCUGAAUUUACUCGGUUCCUCCCUUCACGCCAUCCUCGAUCCAGUCUUUCGCGACCAGG